AUGGGAGGAGACUCGACCGCCGUCAAGCGAUGGCCCCGCGUGGGCGUGGGAGUACUCAUCGUCAAGGAGGGCAAGGUGCUGAUCGGCAAGCGCAAGGGCAGCCACGGGGCGGGCCAGUACGCGCUUCCGGGUGGGAAGCUCGAGUGGCGUGAGACUUGGGAGCAGUGCGCCAGGCGCGAAAUCCUGGAGGAGACUGGCAUCGAGCUGACGGGGGACGUGACCUACGCGUACACGUGCGAGGCGGUAAUCGACGACGACAACCACUGGAUCACGGUGUUCAUGCGCGCGGACGUCCCGGCGGACACCACCGCCGUCAACACCGAGCCGGAUAAGUGCGAGGGCUGGGAGUGGAUGGAGUGGGGUGACCACAAGGUGCCCACCCCUCGUUUCCUCCCGCUGGACAUAAUCCUGAAGGAAACUGGGCCCCGUCGGUUCGAGCCGUGA